AUGUCUCUUAGUUAUUGGGAGGGUAAGGUCACAAAGGGCCUCGUUCAAGCAUGGCCUGUGAUCUUGAAUAAUUGGCAUCUCGGCAUGACUGCAUUUGGUGGCCCACCAGUCCAUUUCAAGAUUUUGCAUGACAAGUUUGUGUUGAAGCUUAACUGGAUCGAUGAGCAAAUGUAUCAAGAGCUGUUCAGCAUCUCACAAGCUCUAUCAGGCCCAGCAAGCACGAAGAUGCUUUACUGUAUCAACCUGAUUCAUAACGGUGUAUUUGGAGCUGUGCUUGCGUUCUUUAUUUGGAGUUUGCCUGGUGCGCUGGGGAUGUUUGGUCUCUCCAUCGGUGUCUCCAACAUUGAGAAUGCGUUGCCUCGCGCGGUUUACGCUCUUCUUUCUGGUCUGAAUGCCGCAACUGUUGGAAUCAUCGCGUUAGCCGCGGUUGAACUAUCAAACAAAACAAUUACAGACAAGCUGACAAGAAUCACCGUCUUUCUCGCUGCUGCCGCUGGAUUGCUAUAUAAUGCGCUCUGGUACUUUCCAGCCCUCAUGUUUGCUGCCGGAUUCGCUGCUGUUGUACAUGACUUCCGCUGGCUUCAUCGUCUCGGCCGAUUUAUUACCAAUAUUCUCAUACCCCCGAGCCCCUCAUCGACGGGAGUGGAAAAUAAUGCAAUCGAAAGAGAUAACCGCAGGGGAAGCUCCAAUAACUCCAUCAUAACACCCGAGGAACACGAUAUCACUUCUGGAAAUAAUCCUGAGACACGCACCAUACCACAAGAGUAUCGGUUAAACUUCUCAUGGAAAGCUGGAGCUGCUGUCAUCACAACUUUCCUUCUCGCCUUCACCGUUGUAAUGGUGCUCCGUGGAGUCUUGCACAGCCCCCCUCUGCUGUAUAAACUCUUUGCUAAUCUUUGUCUCGCGGGAACCAUCAUUUUUGGCGGUGGUCCGGUGGUGAUCCCACUAUUGCGGGAGUACGUCGUGGCCGAGGGAUGGGUCAGCCCACGCGACUUUCUUAUUGGGUUCGCCAUAAUACAAGCAUUUCCAGGACCCAACUUCAACUUCGCCGUAUUCCUAGGAGGCCUCGCCGCCAUCAACAGCGGACAACCCCCCAUUUUAGGAGCAAUCAUUGCAUAUUUAGGCAUCUUUUUGCCCGGCAUGGUCUUGGUUCAUGGUACCAUGGGCGUUUGGAAGGUCUUGAGAAGCAAGCCAUGGGUAAAAUCUGGGUUCAGAGGUGUCAAUGCGGGCGCAGUCGGCUUGAUUUAUACAGCUGUGUACCGAAUAUGGCAGGUUGGAUAUAUAGAUGAGGGUUUCCAGUCUGGGAAAAGCCUGGGCGAUGAUCCAUGGUGGGUGGUUGUCGCAGCGUCGGCAUAUGUUGGAGGUAGAUACUUUGGUCUCUCAGCACCGCUAGCUAUACCUCUUGGUGCUGUGUUGGGAUUGGUAAGAUAUGGGAUUGUAAUGAGCUAG